CUGCCGCGGGGGUGGAUGUUUCUGUGCCUGCAGGCGCCGGCUGCUCGUCCCGGCGGCGCAGCGCGGGCGGUGCGGGGCGGUGCGGGGCUGCCUGGCGGGGCCAAGCCCCGCGGGGCCGUGCCCGCGGUUGCCGGGGCGGUGGGGCCGAGCCCGGCGGGGCCGUGCCCGCGGUUGCCGGGGCGGUGGGGCCGAGCCCGGCGGGGCCGUGCCCGCGGUUGCCGGGGCGGCGGGGCCGUGCCCGCGGUUGCCGGGGCGGCGGGGCGGGCUGUCCGCCGGAAGCACCGGCGGCCUCGGCGGCGGAUGGAGGCUGAGCCGGAGCGAGCGGAGGCGCCGCGGAGGGGCGGCGUCGCCGGGGUACUAAAGUUGGGCCGUCGAGCCCUCCAAGACCUCUUAGCAGAUGAAAAUCUCAGCAGGAAGAAUUCCCCGUCUGCUUCUCUUGAAGAGGAUGAAGACUCUCAGGAAAAGGUUGACCAUGUUCCACCACCUAAACCCCCACGCCGGCAAGGAGUCUGGGCAGAUGAUCCUGUACUGGCACCUACCAAGUCAGGAAGAAAGCAUGCAGAAGAAGUAGAAGACCAUCGUCUCAGACAGCAGAGCCCGGAGGCAUCAGAUGAUGGAGGAGACAUUCCUGUGAUCCCUGACUUGGAGGAUGUCCAGGAGGAAGAUCUGGCCAUGCAAGUGGCAGCUCCCCCCAGUGUGCAAGUGAACCGAGUGCUGACCUACCGUGACCUGGACAAAGAUCUGAUGAGAUACGCUGCCUUCCAGACUCUGGAUGGGGAGGUAGACUUGAAGCUCCUCACCAAAGUUUUGGCUCCAGAACAUGAACUACGAGAGGAUGAUGUCAGCUGGGAUUGGGACCAUCUCUUCACAGAGGUGUCAUCAGAACUAGUGACUGAGUGGGACCUGGGACAGUUGGAGAGGGAGGACCACGUCAGUCUCCCAUAGAGGUCUGACACACCAGAUGUCUCAUACAUCCAUCUCCUGUAAAGAGUUGAGCAUUUAAUUUUUAUAUUCACUUGUUUGUAUUUGAGAAUUUAUUUUAGACAUGAAAAUAAAUAGGACCUUGCUUCAUAGAAAAA